CAACACAAUAGAAAGCCGAAGAGCAAUAUCUAUUGUUAACAUGAAUUCCCUCGUACGGCCUCUGUCUAUUCUGAAAUGUCCGCCCAGUCUUCGCCCCAUCCUGGCAGCACGAUUGUAUGCUACUGAAACUGGCUUGGGAACAUCGAAUGCUUCUUUACGACGAAGAAGGAAGGCCGUCACACCGUUCAAUGACGAUGGCAGAGUUCCAUGGGGAGAUUUGACGGGAAAGGAGAAAGCCGCGAGAGCUACACAGCAAACCUUCAAUUUCAGCUUCAUCGUACUCGGUGCAAUCCUGACAGUGAGUGCUAGAGAAAACAAUGGCUUGGUCAUGGCUGAUACUGUGCAGGGAGGGGUUGCAUAUUUUAUGUACACCGAAGUAUUUUCCCUCGACAGUAAAACGAGCCAUUUCAACAGAGCGUUCGAUCAAGUGAGGAAGGAUUCACGUUGUACGGAGCUGCUGGGGAACAGCAAGAAGAUCACUGCAUAUGGAGAACCAACUUGGAACAAAUGGAGAAGAGCAAGACCAAUCGCGUCGACCAUUCGGAAGGAUCAGUACGGCACUGAGCAUCUGAUCAUGCACUUCAACGUGGAAGGGCCUUUAGGUAAGGGAGUGGUAAAUAUGCAUAUGAUGAAGAAACCAUCCGACAGCGAGUUUGUCUACAAGUAUCUGGCACUGGAUGUCAGGGGCCAUCAAAGGAUAUAUCUGGAAAACGCGGAUGCCACCCCGGACAGCCCAGCGAAAAAUAAGACGAAGUUCUUUGGGGUUUCUUGGAGAUGAUAUGUGGCAAGUAGAAAAUAUUCCAUGUUUUAGAAAUCGCAGAUCUCCCAAAGCAAUUUGGUACAAGGGCGUCCGUAUGGUCUCGAUGCCCCCCUCCACAACGUACAUGACUUGGGAGAAGUUUCUACACUACGCCCAACUCCCUUGAG